CUUCUCUAUGUGACCAUGUAUGGAAAUUGUCUUUCUGGGCCGAGCAUCAGUUAAACUGCAGUACAGAAGCAAAACUGUAGGAUCAGUACAAAACCGUGCUUCUAAACCGGAACCCUGUCCCAUUCGCUACGAACUGGCCAGUCAGGUUUGAGAAUGGUGUGUGCGCCUGUUCACGAGCUUCUUGUCUUAGUGUCGCAUGCCGACUCGCAAAUCCUUUCAACAUAUCCGAAAAAUUGAAUGAGCAAUUCAGAUGGUUUAUAGAUCAAUUACACAGCGACAAGCACACGAUCGUGAAUAAGCCGGAUAUUUAUUUACGCCCUAAGAACUAUACAAGGAAAUCAACUAGCUCACGAAUUAGCAAUAAAAAGGUAAGUGUCAAAUAGACAACCACAACGUUGGCAAUGAUGCAAUGAUAUAAUUUCAGUAGUAAGCUAUAGUAAUAUUGAAUGAACUAUCCUAAAUGACUAAUUAUUCAAAGUUUGUCAUGUAUACCCAUUCAUCUUUUACUACAUAUUUCAUGCUGCAUCUGACUUUUGUUACACAUUGUAAUAUUACACUUAAACAGUCAACAAUGUCAUCACCAUCAGCUAUAUUUCUGUCCACAGAUGUGUAUAGUCCUGAAUGAAAUGCAGUGUCUAAAGUUUAAACUAUAUGAAUGAUGCUUCUGGUGGAAAAUAGCUUUCCAAAGAUAAACUACAGAACAUCCAAGACUGGUAGUCUCGUAGGUACAGUAGCUACACUGAAUAUGGAAGUUUUAAUCAUGCAGAUCAGGGAGCUUUAAAAUUGCUCCAGUCUCUGAUAUUUGGACUCAAAUCUGAGUGCAACGCAUUCCAUGGCUUUGGAUCAGGUCAGAAUCCACAGACUAAUGUGAUGAUUCUAUCCUCCAUGUUAUGUGAACCCUAUUGCCCAUCAUCCAUUGAAGACUGAUUUGCUUUUUGGCAUUAUUGAAUGCGAUUUCUGAUCUAUGCAUUUGUACCAUAGUAUUUCCACAGUAUCAAGCGGCCCACAUCUAUGUUGCUUAGCAACUGAGUACUCUACUUGUGGGUGUCAGCAUUUCAAAGAAAUGGUUCAAAAAAACGACUUCUCUAUUCAACACUCCAUAUAUCAGAUGCUCGCUCUGUAGUUUAAGGUUUCAGAAACAACUGACCAUAUCCAGGUAACCUCUUGACACGUCCUAUUACAACGAACACACGUUUCAAGUAAGUAGUGAAUGUGUUCACUUUAUGACAGACCUCAUGUUUCUUCAUAAACCUAAUCUUUUGGCUUCAAUUGUAUUUUUGCUUAUCCAUAUCUCCAUCUCACCGUUCUUUUUUCCUCUAGCUGGAAUGGAGAACAAAACAAAUGGAUCAGUGGAAGCUAAACUUGUGGCGGAGAAUGGCCAGCUGCCGGACCCUGCAGACUGGGCAUUCACUGAUGUCGUCAAUUAUUUCAAAGCUGCAGGAUUUGAUGAGCAGGCUACUGCUUUCCAGGACCAGGAAAUCGAUGGCAAGUCUCUGCUCCUGAUGACACGGAAUGAUGUCCUGACUGGUCUUUCUAUCAAACUGGGGCCAGCACUGAAGAUCUACGAGUACCACGUGAAACCACUUCAAACUCAGCACCUGAAGAGUAAUGCUAAUGCACCACUGCAUGCCCCUCAACGCGUAACAAGAUAAUCACGAGGCAGGAUGGACAGACCAGUCCGAAGAGAUUUAUAGACCCAAGAGGACAGUGGAAGACGACGGGGCUUAGAAAACUCUUGCGUGGUUGCAUCUUGCAUCCUUCUGAAAAUAUUAUUUUACCUAAACUUAACAGAUGCCAAAUGAUUUGAGCCAUUACGUUUGUUGGUAGUUAACUGAGUGGUAUCAGUUUAUGAAACCAAACAAGGACUUUAAUUCUUUGAGGUCUUGGACAUCAUAAGAUCAUUUUACAGGUCUUAAAAAGUACAGGUUUAUUUUUUCUUCGAAGAGUUAGUCUCAAAGCAAAUCAAGCAGAUUCAACUGAAUGGGUUAUUUAAUAGUGGACGAUCCUUUUCAGAUGGAUGCAAACGGUGCACUAGAUAUCUGACUUUGAUGCGCUCUCUUCUACCAUUGAUCAGUAUAUAUAUAUAUAUAUAUAUAUAUAUAUCAAACUAUGGAACAGUUUGAUGCCGGUUAAGACUGGAUGGUAAUUAGUUUGAACCAUACUUACUGAUCCUCCAUUACAGCCAUUUCUCUUUUCCUAAUAAGCCACUAUUUAAACUUAAUCAAAAGAUGCAUCUAUGAACAUUAUGCAUGUCAAUUGUAAAUUUAAGCACAGGGAUAUAGGUUGCUGAAUGUGUUCUUUGAUUUCCUUAUUCUUAACUAUAUGGCAUUUCUUUCGUGUUUGAUGUGGAUGCUUUUAUCACGCAUAACAGUGACAUGCUGCUGCCUUUUGUAUUGUAAAGUUGCCCUGUUCACAUUUUGCUGUAAGAAACUACUUGCAUCUUAAGUAAAGAUUUGAGAUGUAACACUGUCAGUCUUACCCAAGAACAAUUAGCAAAAACACAGUCAUGUAGAGAAAGAAGAAUAUUAAUUUCUAAAUACAAAAAGUCAAGAACAAUGAAUAAAAUAGAAUAGAAAAGGCACAAUCAUUUACUUGAAAACCACACAGUGCCAUGAAAAAUAAACCCUUCUCAUCGUAUCCUCAGUUGGCUGAGAAUAGAUGGCAAGUCUUCCUGACAUGUUCUACACUUCAUAAGAUUAUGUGGCAGUGGUUUGCCGUUGGCAAUGAGGAGCAGUGUUGAGGUCAACUUUUUCCCUGUAGCAUCAAAACGAAGGCC